AUAUCCGGCGAGUAGGUGGCGGUCCAGGGUGUUUCUGGGCUCUGGGCUCUGUGCUCUGAGGGAGGGUUCAAGCCGCCUGCCGUCGCCGGAGGAGCCCCUUAGGCCGUAGUAAGCAUUAAUAAUGUCUUUCAUCUUUGAGUGGCUCUACAAUGGCUUCAGCAGUGUGCUCCAGUUCCUAGGACUCUACAAGAAAUCUGGAAAACUUGUAUUCUUGGGUUUGGAUAAUGCAGGCAAAACCACUCUUUUACACAUGCUCAAAGAUGACAGAUUGGGCCAACAUGUUCCAACAUUACAUCCGACAUCAGAAGAGCUGACAAUUGCUGGAAUGACUUUUACAACUUUUGAUCUUGGUGGGCAUGAGCAAGCCCGUCGAGUUUGGAAAAAUUAUCUCCCCGCAAUUAAUGGGAUUGUCUUUCUGGUGGACUGUGCAGAUCAUCCUCGACUCAUGGAAUCCAAAGUUGAGCUUAAUGCUUUAAUGACUGAUGAAACAAUAUCCAACGUGCCAAUCCUUAUCUUGGGUAACAAAAUUGACAGAACAGAUGCAAUCAGUGAAGAAAAACUCCGUGAGAUAUUUGGGCUUUAUGGACAGACCACAGGAAAGGGGAAUGUGACCCUGAAGGAGCUGAAUGCCCGCCCUAUGGAAGUGUUCAUGUGCAGUGUGCUCAAGAGGCAAGGCUAUGGCGAGGGCUUCCGUUGGCUCGCCCAGUAUAUUGACUGAUGUUUGGACAGUGAAAAUAAAAGAGUUUUACUUCUCUGGACUGAUCCUAUUCACAGCUUCCUCAUGAACUUUUCUAAUAGAACAAGGAAAGCUCUCCGACCAUGUCUGGCGUUGAGAAGCCAAGAGUCUCUGUCAGCUCUCUCAUCGCCCAGUGGUGACAUGUGCUCUUCUCCACACUGUUGGGAGGUAACGCUGCCCCACGUGCUGGUGCAGGUCAGCACCCCGGGACUUGGAAGUGGCAGGAUUUGCCGGGUAGAGCUGUGUGCCAUCAUGGAGCACCUGGAAAGAAAAACACGUCUCACCACUGUGGUUGAUUUCAAAAGAAAGCGAUUCUAUUUUUUAAAGAAAGUGUUAUUA